AUGACUGAAACGAUGGCGACUUCUUCGACCGCGACGUGGAAUUUUCGGCUAUCAAAAGAAACAACGCGGUAUUUAAUUAAUUUAUUGAAACCGUACAUUGUUGUUGAUAGCCGAUUAUCCUCUAUCGAUAUUCAAACAAAAGUUUUAGUAGCUUUAAAUUUUUUUGCUACCGGGUCAUAUCAAACGUCAGUAGGCCAUUUAGAUUGUACCCACAUAGCUAUUGUAUCUCCUUCGAAAAAUUUGGAUCUUGUUGAAAAUCGAUAUCCAGAAUAUAUGUAUGUCAACCGCAAGAGUUACCAUUCAAUUAAUGUUCAUCUAGUAUGUGAUUCAAAUCUAAAAGUACUGAACGUAAACGCACUGUUUCCCGGAAGUACUAACGAUGUCCACAUAUGGAACAACAGCAAUGUUUCAAACAUGCUCGAAGAACUACAUACACAUGAUUAUAGUGACUACUUUUUAUUAGGUGAUUCUGGUUAUCCUCUACGCCCAUGGCUCCUAACGCCAAUUGCUCAACCAACAACAGCAGCUGAAGAAAAUUACAACAAAAACCAAAUGCAUGUAAGAAGUGUAAUAGAAAGAUGUAACAGAGUCCUAAAAAUGCGGUUUAGGUAG